AUGGAGUCGUUCUUCGACUCGUACAAGGUGGUGCAGGACUUCAAGAACAGCGGCUUCUCGGACGCCCAGUCGCUUCUGCUCAUGAAAUACACAUACUACAAGCUGCAGAAGAAGCUCGACUGGCUCAAUCAGACGUACGCGCCAAAGGUGGACUUGGAGAACGAGGCGUACCUCUUCGAGGCCGCACACAGCGAGUUGCUGUUCGAGGUCACCAACUCGAGAGAAAUCUCGUUGAUGAACUUGACGAACGCCAUGAUCAUCCUAAAGCGGGCCUUCAACAACCUCGACGACGAGACAAUCGCUCAGAUCAAGCUCAACGACGACAUCAUCAAGAUGGAGCUCAACCAGUUCAAGCACGAGAACAAUCUCCACCAGAAGUCGCUCAACUUGAAGAACUCCGACCUCAACAGCCGCAUCUUGAGUGACAUGGUGUCGGGCUUGAAGUCCGAGAUUGAGACCUUCAGAUGGCAGCUUACCCGGGCGGGGAUCUUGUCGAUCAUGAUCAUGGCCGUCUGCAUCAUGGGUGUCUGGAACCUUACAAAGAAAUUGGCGAUUGGCGACGACGCCGAGCACGAAUACAAGGGUCCUCUGUUGCAGCCCGUCCACCAGCAGACCGACGAGGAGUCUCACGACUACGAGGCAGACUGGGACGAGCCUGUGGUGGUGUAG